CUUAUCGAAAACUAAUGCAUAUGCAAAGUAUUAUAUAAUACAGUGGAGGAAUACAAUAUUUAAUUGGUUUCCUUGAGCCUGGUUAAGACAAAAUUCACAUUAAAAUGGUAAGAAGGAAAUGGUUUUUUCAACGUGAAGAGAAGCGUCCUUUAGUACUUCUCCGAUGGCUCUGGCCUCAAAACUCAAAAAUCUGGCAUGUUUUAAGUAUUUUAUAAUUUAAUCAUCACCGCUUCUUUGCUCUCUUCUCAGGCUUAUAUUUUCUUUGCAGAUAACUGCAGAAGAAAAAGAAGAAGAAGAAGAGAUCAAAAGAAACCGAACUUGACCCAUAAGAAUCCAUUCAUAAUCUGUCUUUAGAACCGCAUAAAGAUGGGGUUUUUGUCAUUAUUGGAGGUGGCUUCUAUGCCAGUGAUUCAAGUUCUCAUCAUAAGUCUUGUUGGAGCUUUCUUAGCCACUGAUCGAUGCAAGGUCUUCCCUGUCGAAGCCCGUAAUUACAUGAACAAGGUGGUGUUUGUAGUAUUUGCACCGGCUCUCAUGUUUGCAAAUCUAGCACAGACGGUAACACUUCAGGACAUGAUCUCAUGGUGGUUUAUGCCGGUGAAUAUGGGACUUACAUUCUUAAUCGGAGGGAUUCUUGGUUGGAUGGUUGUCAAGAUUUUGAAACCACCUCCUUAUCUUGAAGGUCUUAUUGUUGCAACUUGUUCUUCAGGAAAUAUGGGGAACCUACCAAUCAUACUUGUUCCAGCAAUCUGUGACGAGGACAAGAGUCCAUUUGGUAACCGGAGUGUAUGCAGAACCGUUGGUCUCUCUUACGCAUCUUUCUCAAUGGCGCUAGGGGGUUUCUACAUAUGGACUUACACAUUCCGGUUGAUAAAAGGGUCGGCGAUGAAACUUAGAGACAAGGAAGAAUCUGAGAAAUCAACAAUCAAAUCAUCAAACAGUGACUUAGAAUCUGAUCACAUGACCCAUCUCCUCGGUGCAACUGAAGACAAGAAAAAGACUGGGUUUUGGAGAAAAGGAGUAGAGUUCUUGCAUGAGAUACUAGAGGAGCUUCUCGCACCACCAACACUUGGUGCAAUUAUUGGUUUCAUAUUCGGUGCAGUUGAAUGGCUCAGAAAUCUUAUCAUAGGUGAUGCUGCUCCUCUACGGAUAGUCCAAGCCACUGCAAAACUUCUUGGGUAGUUACCACAAUCUUGUCAUUUAAUAACACUGUGUCCGGUGACUAACUUAACCGAUUUGUACAGAGAUGGGACCAUUCCUUGCAUGACAAUAAUACUAGGAGGCAACCUCAUACAAGGUAACUCUCUCGAUCAACGGCUUGCAUUUCACUCUCAGUUAAAAGAAACAAAUUCACUGUUGUCAAAGUGACAAAAAAAAUUAAAAUGAUUUCGAAGGGGACCUACUAGAACUAGUAUAUGAAUGCCUUGGGCCACAGACGGUAUGGUACAUUUCUAUUAAAAAAAUAUAUUGUAUUUUAAGGUUUUCUAUUCUCUCUUAAUUUUGUUUAACAGCUCUUGUUAUUCACCCGUUUACUGUGGUUAAAAUUACCAGGUUUACGUUCUUCGGCGGUAAAACCAGUGGUUGUACUUGGGAUAGUAUGUGUUCGGUACAUAAUUCUCCCAAUUAUUGGCAUAGGCAUUGUUAAAACAGCUGCUAGUUUUGGAUUUCUUCCAUUGGAUCCUUUGUUUCAGUAUGUUUUAAUGCUUCAGUUCACACUCCCGCCUGCCAUGAAUAUCGGUACCAUGACACAACUGUACAAUGUUGGUCAAGACGAAUGCUCAGUGCUCAUGCUUUGGACAUACUUGAUCGCGAUUCUUGCACUAACUGUUUGGUCCACAAUCUUCCUUCAUUUGUUAGUCUAGAGCACAACAAGAUUCUUCUAUCUCUCUACAGCUACAGAUUCGAUGAGGAAAACAGAGGCAACAAGGUCCUCCUCUCGUCAAGGAAUCUUAAACAUUCUUUUUCGUCUUGAUUUGAUCAUAACUGAAAUAUUUUUCUGGUUGCAUUUGUAACUUUCCGCACGUUUUCAUUUUUCCUCUUGCCACCAUUGUAAAACGCAGAAAUUGUAUCAAUUUAUUAGUGAAAAAGCAUAUGUUUAUUCAAGAAAAACAAAGGAUCACAAAAGUGAU